AUGCUGUCGAAUAUUAGAGUAUUCGCACCACUGGCAGGUGUACUGCUUGCCGCGCUUUCCAGUGCCCAGGUGCUAGUCGAUUUCCAAGUCGCUGAGCCGCCUCCAGUUCCCAACAAUGCGCAAACAUGCACGACGAUGAUUCUCGAGCGCACAUUUGGGAACUCGUACGGAAAUCCAGAGAUCGUAGAGUACACUCCACCAACCGAUUGCGGCGCGGUCGGUUCCUGGGCAGCAGUAACACUCAACUUCACAGUGACAUCAAAUGGGACCCAGUAUGACCGCCUUGGAAUCUUCACGUUCCAGAACACCGAAAUCUGGCGCACUUCAACUCCGGAGCCCACUGAAGACGGUAUCAUUUGGACUUACACGAAAGAUGUCACUCGCUACAUACCUCUCUUUGCCAAGGACGGAACUUUCAUUCUCGAGCUUGACAACGUUGUGACGUCCGAUCUGAAUGGACAGUAUGCGACUACCCUUUAUGCGACUUUCUACGCAUCGUCCGGGGAAUGCCCUACUGCUGGACAAUCUAACAUGAUCGUGCCGAUAUCUACGAUGCUGAAUAACACUGGCAACGAGGCUUCAGUCCCACCUGCUUUUUCUCUCAAUGUGACGCUCCCGCAAAACACCGUCGAAAUCUACGCUGAGCUCUAUGCGUCUGGCAAUGGCGCUGAGGAAUUCUGGUACUACAACACAGCCGACGAAUAUCUCGGGUAUCUUCCACCUGGCACAACAUAUGGUGGAGGACCAUUCCGUGAGGUUCGUCUCCUUGUGGAUGGUCAAGUCGCUGGCGUAGCCUUUCCGUAUGCCGUCAUCUUCACCGGCGGUAUAAAUCCCUCAGUUUGGAGGCCAAUAACAUCAUAUGGUGCAAUCGACCUUCCUACUUACUUCCUUGAUCUCACACCAUUUGCACCGGUGUUCGCUGAUGGCCUCCCUCAUACUGUCACUUUGGACGUCGCCUCUGCAGAAGCGAACCACACUCUCAACCAGAACUGGUAUGUUUCCGGCCUCAUGCAGGUGGUCACGGACCCGUCUGGUAAACCCACAACGGGAAAAAUCACGACAUACGAUGUCCAGCCCUACGCAAUAACGGAGACAACAGCGAGCAUCGGCGGCACGGAUGUCAAUAUCACAGUCAAGGCUCAGCGCUCCCUCAGAAUCGAAUCCACCGUCGUCAGCGGUAGUGGGACGACAAAUAAUGUUGUUUUUCAGCAGAACUUGGACUUCACAAACACGCAGUAUUAUCUCAACAACACAAAUACUCAGAACGUCGCGCAGACUUCCUCCGGCUCAGUCACCUCAACUCACAACGGAGUCUCAGUCCUUACUGACAACUUCGACUAUCCGCUGUACAUCAACAUGACAUACCUGGUCCUUACUAAUACCGAGGAAUCAUGCAAGUUUCUUUAUACCACGUUUGACCACUCAUAUAACCGCCAGGUUGUCCCUGCGCCAUUCAUCUUGGGAUCUGUAAUUAGCGAGCGCCAGCAGACAGCGGGUUACUUCACCAUAUCAACCACUGGAAAUACUGGCAACGGAACCAGUAACAACACUUUUUCAUACGUCGAUCUCAAAGGCAACACGUAUACCAGGGAUGUAGAUGCCGCAUAUGACGUGAUCACCUACGACCAACAGAGCGGCAGCCUCGCCACCACCGCCCUACCCACGUUCCCUUGGCCUUCCAACUCACAGUCCAUUCUCAGGGCAAGACUUCCAGGUGGAAAGGGGUCAAAGGUCGUGGGUAAUCCGUAG